AUGCACUCGUCCCUGAACAGAGCGCAGGGCGUCUUUGGCUUCUUCACCACCGUCGCCUUGUUUGUUGCUGGAGUCGCUGCGCUGUCGGUGCUGCUGUAUCCUGCGCAUGAUGCAAAGGCUGAGGUCGCAUUGAAAAAUGUCCAGGUAAUCAAGGGUCGGCCAAAUUACUAUUCAACCAAGAAGGAAGAGUAUGCCCAGAUCAGGUUCGAUCUGAAUGCUGACCUCUCCUCGCUCUUCAAUUGGAACACAAAACAAGUCUUCGUCUACGUCUACGCUUCGUACUCGUCCUCCGACAAGAAGUCCUCUCUUCUUCCCAACUCUGAGUCCAUCAUCUGGGAUACUAUUAUCUCCGCCCCAGAAUCGCCUUACUCGUUCAAUGCCCUGCUCCAGCGCUUUUUCCCGGCCAAAUCGUCCUCCACGGCCCGCAAGAACCAGAAGCGAAGCACUUCCGCCUCGAAGAAAACCUCGGCCUCAAAGAAGGAGACUCCCGCGCCGGGCGUGCUCCGUUUGAGCAACCAACGGGCUAAGUACCAGAUUAGUGACAUUACAGGGAAGCUGGCGGAGCGCAAGAACGUGACGCUCUCUGUGGGCUGGAAUGUGCAGCCCUGGGUUGGUGCGUUGUGGUGGAGCCCUGGCUCCGGUGCUGUGCCCCGGACCGCUGGUACUGUGGUCAGCAGCGAGGCUUUUGAUUUUCCUGCUUUGAAGGGAAGCAAGGCCUCUGCUACUAAAGCAGCUGCAUCGGGCGCUCAGACGGCCUAG